AUAGAGCAUUCUAGGACAGCGGUCUCCAACCUUUUUGGCACCAGGGGCCAGUGCACCUAUGAGAAUCUAAUGUCUAAUGAUCUGAGGUGGAGCUGGGGCAGUGAUGCUAGCGCUGGGGAGCAGCUGCAAAUACAGACGAAGCUUCGCUCACUUGCCCGCAGCUCCCCGCCUGCUGUGUGGCCUGGUUCCAUUGACUGGUAUCGGUACUGAUCCUUGGCCCGGGGUUGGGAACCCCUGUUCUAGGAUGUCUGUUAGGCACAUACUUAAGAGAGGAAUUUUUAAGGACUUGACCAUGUUUAACGACUGAGAAGAAAGCAGUAGAGAAGAUGUGAAGCUACAGAAAGUAGGAGUCAGUGAGAUAGCGAAGUCCAGAGGCAAAAGGCGGAAGGCGUUGGCCAGAACCAAAGGCGGGCGGUGGCUUCGCUAUUGCACCAGAUGGGAAAGACAGAGCAAUGUGGAACAUGGAUUUGUAGUUGGGGGUGGAUAUGGGGAGCUCCUUGCAUCAGCCUUGAUUUGUCCAUGUGAUAGAGGAGGCAAGGUUGUCCACUCAGUAUACAAGUCAGAGAGUUCAGGGGAGGGGAGUGGGAGAAGGUCUGAAGUAGUCAUAGUAGUCAGCAGAAAGAUAAUUAGAGAAAGAAUGAGACCAGAGUCCAUAAUUUGUCCUACGAUUUUGCCACAGAACAGGUCCUUGUGAAUCCUAGAGAGGGAAGGAAUUUGGAAACUCAUGGUUUCCAGGCAGUGGCUCCCUGAGAGGUCUGUGGUGCCACCUGCUGGAUAAGAGCCACACGAUGCGUCUUCACCACUAGAUGCUCCCCAGAUAAAUCCAGACUCCUAGAGGGGCCUCAGGCUGAGCUUUUACUCUAAGAGACCAGACACCUCCACAUCACAUGCUGAGCCCUGAUUCAAGCAACAAUGUAACCAUAGUUCCAAUCCAAGCUCCACUUUCCCUAGAUUAGCGUCCUGAUCAGGCCAGGAGCUCCAGGGUCUGCAUCCUCUAAAAAAGGGAGCCAGCAAGCAUCCUGGGUCUCAGGACCUACGACUGUAGGUCGUAGGCUGGGCUCUUCCUACCUCCCUGAGCUGAAUUCCCUGCCAUGAGAACCCCUGGGCCCUGGGUCCUAAUGGAGCAGGUUCACUUGGAACCUCCCUGGCCCCAUGACCUGCCCAAACCUGUUUCAGAUUCCACACCACCCCUCCCCAAGGCUGUCUCCACCGCCCUGGCUCAGGCAGGGCCUCCUGAGACUCAGCUGGGAAGGUUGGCAGGCAGGAGGGCACCACAGGGCCAUGGAAGCCACAGCAGGCCCCAUGCUCUACCAGAAGCUGCUGCUCUCGGAGCAGAGCUUGGAGUCUGAGGAAGAAGGGGAGAUUUCAGAGCCACUUAUUCAUGACCCCUGGAGGCCCCAGGACUCUUCUGGAAAAGAUGCUGGUGCUCGGCCCGGGGCCUGGGCCCAACUAGUCGCCACUCUGCUGCUAUUGGCUGUUAGCUUCUCCCUGGCCACAUGGCAACUCUACACCAGGGGUAGCUCUACGGAAACUGUGGGCUCUGUGGCCCCUCCACCCCAUGGGCACUCCCACCACCCCGGCGUAUACCACCAUGGUGCCAUCAUCAGCCCUGCAGCCAUGUGCUCCCACCUGGGCCACGAGCUGCUUGUCGCCGGGGGCAAUGUUGUGGAUGCCGGAGUUGGAGCCGCUUUGUGUCUGGCAGUGGUGCAUCCUCAUGCCACAGGUCUAGGUGCCAUGUUCUGGGGCCUCUUCCACAAUAGCUCCUCAGGCAUUUCAACUGCCCUGACGUCAGGCCCAGCCCAGACUUUGGCCCCUGGCCUUGGGCUGCCCUCAGCUCUACCCACCCUGCGCUUGCUGCACACACACUUCGGCCGCCUGCCCUGGCCGCGUCUGCUGGUGGGCCCCACCACGCUGGCUCAAGAGGGCUUCCUGGUGGACACACCCUUGGCCAAAGCUCUGGCAACCCAAGGCACAAAGGGACUCUGUCCACUACUUUGCCACACUGAUGGGACCCCCCUGGGCCUUGGGGCCCGAGCCACCAAUCCAAAACUGGCAGAUGUGCUACACAAGGCAGCAUUUGCCCCGAACCCAAACCUUGCUGGGGAUGCCCUACUGAGUUUGCUAGCCAGAGACCUGGGGCUCGAGGGACCCUCAGUUGAGCCCAUGCCUACUUUGGAGCCAGCACUGCAGCUACCUUUGGCCCAGGGCAUCCUGUUCACCACCCCUAGCCCCUCAGCUGGCCCAGAACUGCUGGCACUGCUGGAGGCAGCCCUACGGUCCAGUGGGCCCCACCCUGACCCGUGCCCACCACCCCUACAAGUUACCGUGACCCCUGUGAGCAGUGUCCUGGCCACCGUGGACAGCAGCGGCUCUGUGCUCCUUCUCACCUCCUCACUCAACAGCUCCUUCGGCUCUCGACACCUGUCCCCAAGCACUGGGAUUCUACUCAGCAACCUGGUAGCCAAGUCUGCAAUUAGUACCUGGUCCUGCCCCCUCAUCCUUCGUGGUAGCCCAGAUGACACAGAGACCGAUGUGUUGGGGCUGGUGGCUUCAGGGACUCCUGCAGUGGCCAGAGUCACAACUCGCGCCCUGCUCAGCCACCUAGCUGGGCCCCAAACUCAGACCCAGCACCAAAACCAGAACCAGGCCCAGCAAGGAUCAACAGAGAGCCCUGGCGCUUGUGGCCAAGAGACUGUGCUCCAGGUGGCAGCCCAUGCAGAGCAUGCCCAUGUCUCCAGUAUCCCCAAUGGCUGCUGCCCCUUUCAGGGGUUCUGAGUGGGCAGGGACAAGAGUUGGCCCAGGCAAGGGCAGAGAGGGCCCAGCAGCAAUGAAGGGCAUAAAAAGUGUAUAUCAACUAUGUGCUCACUGCUGGCCCUCAAACUCCGGCUUAGUCAGUGACUUGGAUUGGCUCUUCUCAGUUAAGGAAACUAAGGAUAAUCAGAAAAGAGUACCAGGGCUUGGGGCAAGCCCUGAGUUCAGAUCCAGCUCUGGGAAGGAAAGGUGGAAGAAUGCCAGACCCCUGCCUAGGCUCUGGGACCCCUGGGCAGGUCAAGCAGAGCCUAGGGUACUACUGGCACCUCUGUCCUCCC